AACUGGCAGCAGCCACCAGCAGAAAAGUAAAGUUCCAUCCUCACCACAGUUUCUGCUCAGAGAGAGAGAGAGAGAACCUUCGUUUGAAGGAUGGUGGAGACACUUUUGGAGGAUAUAUUUCGGGUGGAGCGUCUGGACCCAGAUGGUAAAAAGUUCGAUAAAGUUUCUCGCAUUGAAGCAAUCAGUGAGCAGCUUGAAAUGUACAUGCAGCUAGAUGUGAACAUAGACAUAUAUCCUCUUCAUGUUGGGGAGAAAUUCUUGAUGGUAUUAGCAUCUACUCUGAAUUUGGAUGGAACACCUGAUAGUGGUUAUUUUACUCAGGGCGGAAGGAAAUCGCUUGCAGAUAAGUUUGAAUAUGUCAUGCAGGGGAAGUCAUAUAGGAUCUCAGAUGCUUCAGGACCUGAUAAUAAAGUGGAGAUUUGUGCUUCAUUCGGAGGGCUUCUGAUGCUGUUGAAAGCAGAUCCAAGCGAUGCACAGAAGCUGGAGCUUGACCAGAGGUUGUUUAUCCUCAUCAGGAAGGUUUAAAACUCGAAUAUGAAUCAUGAAAUUCAGCUUCCCCUUAGUUUGGGCUCAAUGAACAUGGAUUUUUAGAUGCCUUUGGAGUUUCUGAAGUUUGGCUAUAACUGUUAAGACCUGUAGCAUAACAACAUCUCCAGAUGUUUAUCUUGGUUGUUCUUGAACAUAUCUUGUUUUUAUAGACUGUGAGAUAGAUGUACAUUGAAGGAUAGUAACUACGGUUUGCUUGCAAAAAAAGAAGAAAGAAACGAGAAAAAAGAUGGAUAGAAGAUUUAACACACUUAACACACAUUCGCAUCAA